AUGAUGGGAAUUACAUUUUAUAAUGACUUUGGAUCCUUCCUUGGAUUAUCGUUAUCCAAAUUAUCAUUUAUUAGGAUACCUUUUAUCUCGGGAAGAUCAGGUGCCACUCGGCCCGUCACGAUCAAGAAUAUUGAUCUGAAAGAAACUCGAUCGAAAACCCAAUACGAUUCAUACCGACCCGAAUUCAAUGUCAACGAUUUUACCCCAACCGAUACGGAUUUCAACAACAGUGAAGAUUCAUCUCUAGUGGCAAUUUGGCAAAGUCUAAGUCCCGAGGAAAAAAUGGCUCAAUUCGCCUAUGAAGGAUCAACACAUCCUUAUUUCACUUCAUUCGUACCUUCUUCCAUAGCCAGUACCGGUACUCGGCUCAACACCAAAAGCGACCCUACGCAAUUUGAAGAUCAUUCGAAUUUGGAUUCCGGCAAUACCACUCCAACGUCAUCAAGUGGUAUCUCAUCGUCUUCAUCAACGUCAACAUCAACAUUAUGUACAUCCGAUACUUCACCUACUUCCGCUCCACAUCCAACGGGAUCAGAACGAAUGAACGCUCUCUUCGAUGAUGACGACGCGGGUAUCGAAAAGAUGAUACUGUCUCUCACAUCCGAUGUAGAUAGAGAGGGUCAAGAGAGGGGGGUGAAGUUGAUUCUGGAAGAGGGGAGGAGAAGAUGGGCAAUUUGGAAGGAAGUGUAG